AUGGGGAUUGAUGAUUAUUUUCAAGAGAAUGGAUUUGAAAAGUAUCCUUACGAGCAUGCACUCUAUUUGAAGAAAGAAGCUGAUGAGAGUUUGUUGUAUGCAUGCCUCUACGUUGAUGAUAUGAUAUUCACUGAGAACAAUCCAACAAUGUUUGAAUCCUUCAAGAAAAAUAUAGUCCUAGAGUUGGAAUUGACAAGUAUUGGAUUGAUGUGUCACUUUCUUGGCAUCGAAGUAGUUCAAAGCAACGAUGGAAUCUUCAUCUCCCAGAGUAAUUAUACAAAGGAUAUUCUCAAGAGAUUUGGCAUGGAGAACUGUAACUAUGUCACAACACCUGUUGAAACAGGAUUGGAGUUAAGUAAGAAUAAACAAAGAGAUGUUGAUCCUACAUAUUUCAAAAGUUUGAUUGGAAGCUUAAGAUACCUAACUUGUAUUGAGCUAGAUAUACUCUACGGAGUUGGCCUUGUUAGCAGGUACAUGGAAACCCCUGACCAGUCUCAUCUAAAUGCAGCAGAGAGAAUACUCCAUUACAUCAAGGUUACCAUCAAUGAUGGACUAUUCUAUACAAAGCGUCAAGACUUCAGACUUAUUGGCUAUUCAGAUAGCGACUGGGGAAGAGACAUGGAUGAAAGAAAAAGCAUAACUGGAUUUACAUUUUUCAUAGGAGAUACAACUUUUACAUGGUUAUCAAAAAAGCAAUAUAUUGUGAGAUUGUCAUCUUGUGAAGCCAAGUAUGUUGCUACCAACUCAGUUGUCUACUAG